UCGGAGACUCGGCACCCGAGUCUCGUGAACCCACCCGACCCGCUAGCCGCUGAGCCAACGCCACAUCUCUCUCUCUCUCUCUCUCCGUUUAGCGAAGUGAAGCUAUUCGGAGGCGUCGUUGAGCCGUCAAAAGGGCGUCUCUCUCUCACCUGAAACUCAGCAGAACACCGAGAUCCCUAUCCAUCGGCGUCCCGUCCCGUCUUCUCUCUCUCUCUCUCUCUCUCUCUCUCUCUCUCUCUCUCUCUCUCUGCGUUGAGCCGUCUCGAAACGGCGUCGUCAUCGACUCCAUACCCGCUCAGAUCUAUGGAGUCGCGGCUCUUCUCUAACUAAAAGCUGAUCUGAUUCUCUCUCUAUCCUCGUUUUCUCGCUCCUCGCUCCUCGCUCGGCUUAGAUCCAGAGCUGGCUUCAAUCUCCUUCCCUCCCUCCACCUCCCCCCCUGCAUCUCUCCCUACUUUCACUCUGUUAAAAAAUUCUGUGUUUUUCUCGGCUCCUGUAGAACCGUCUGUAAACUGUUUCUGCUCCUUUAUCCGAUGCUCUCGGGGUGGAGUAGGAGAAGAGGGAAGAGCUGUGUCGAAUGAUCCAUGGUGAGCGAGUCAGUGAAUAUCUCUCAUCUUCUCCGGAAAAGCCCCAAUUUCAUGUGUGCCGAUUCGACGCUUUGUGGUUCUUGGCAGAUUGUGUUUCGUAGGACGAAGGCUACGAGGGAUAUUGAUCGCUGCUGCUGUCACUGUCUUCGGAGCUUCUUUUUCUUAUGAAUUUCGAGACAGAAACAGUCAGCGGGAAAACGGGGAACCCAAUGGAAUGGAAUGUAAAUAAUGCUUUCAAAGGCAUAAAAGAUAUGGAUCCCAAAUCCAUUAUGGAUGUUGCACUCAUUCCACACAUUGAUCCAAUAGAUAUUGGAUUGGGUUCCUCUGAAAAAGGAAUUGUUACUCCUGCAACGAAACCUAGAAAGAAGACAAUGACAUCAGUUUACCUCAAGUUUUUUGAGACAGCUCCUGAUGGAAAAAGUCGGAGGUGCAAGUUUUGCGGACAGACCUAUUCUAUUGCAACUGCCACUGGCAAUUUGGGAAGGCACCUUAGUAAUCGCCAUCCAGGGUAUGACAAAUCUGGGGAUUCUGCAACCAAUUCUGCUCCACAGCCCACCACUGUAACCAAGAAACAUCAACCUCAAGGGAAACCAACCCAGGUUGACUACGACCAUUUGAAUUGGUUAAUCAUUAAGUGGCUCAUUUUAGCUUCUCUUCCUCCCUUGACCUUGGAGGAAAAAUGGCUUGCAAACUCCUUUAAAUUUCUUAAUCCAUCAGUACAACUAUGGCCUGGUGAGAAAUACCAAGCGGUGUUAUGUGAAGUUUUCAGGAGCAUGCAGGAAGACAUAAGGGCAACAUUGGAACAAGUUUCCUCUAAGGUUUCAGUCACACUUGAUUUCUGGACAUCCUAUGAACAGAUAUUUUAUAUGAGUGUAACAUGUCAAUGGAUUGAUGAAAACUGGUCCCUUCAAAAGGUUCUUCUUGAUAUUUCUCACAUACCUUACCCUAGUGAGGGCCCUGAGAUUUACCACUCCCUGUUGAAGGUUCUCAAGAUGUACAAUAUUCACAAUAAAGUCCUCUCCUGCACCCAUGAUAACAGUCAGAGUGCCAUGCAUGCAUGCCAUACUCUGAAGGAUGACAUUGAUGGUCAGAAAUUAGGGCCCUUCUGCUACCUCCCAUGUGCUGCUCGUACAUUGAACUUGAUCAUAGAUGAUGGAUUAAGAACCACAAAAGCUGUAAUCUCGAAGAUAAGGGAGUUUGUAUUAGAAAUGAAUUCAUCAUUAGAGAUUUCAGAGAAUUUUACUCAACUAACUAAAGCUUACCAAGAAGGUAGUUGGAAAUUUCCUCUUGAUGCUUCAGCCCGGUGGAGUGGCAACUACCAGAUGCUUGACAUUGUGCGCAAGGCUAGUAAGUCUAUGGAUGCUGUUAUCAGAAAGCACGAUGAGAGGUUGGGUGCUAGGAUGCUCCUCAACAGUGUUGAGAAGAAUGCAGUUAGUAUCAUGCAUUCAUAUCUAGAACCAUUUCACAAGAUGACAAACAAUAUGUGCAAAAACAAGCUACCUACGGUUGGCUUGGUUCUCUUCUUCAUGGAUCACAUUUCUGAGAUGAUUACUGCCUGCAGAGACUCCCGUCACAGCCCGGACUGGCUGAAGAAUGCCACUGAAGACAUGGCCAAGAAGGCCCGGACUUAUAACAGCCAGGUUUGCAACAUAUUUACUUAUAUGGCAGCAAUUCUUGAUCCUCGAAUCAAAGUUGAGCUCAUUCCAGAGUGCCUGAACUUGGAAAACUAUCUAGAAGAUGCCAGAACCCAUUUCAUGAGAAAUUAUUCUACCACCCACUUCCCAUCCAUGACCAACAGUUACGGGGUUCAAGAGAUUGAAGAUGGAGGAAGUGAUGCUUUUGCUGAGGAAAUUGCAAGAAAAAGACGAAGAGGAAGCAUGAGCACGGCCACUGAUGAGCUCACCCAGUAUCUGUCAGAGCCUCCGGCUCCAAUACCAACAGAUGUUUUGGAGUGGUGGAAGGUCAACAGCACACGCUAUCCACGCCUCUCUGUGAUGGCUCGAGAUUUCUUGGCCGUUCAGGCAACUUCUGUGGCACCUCAAGAAUUGUUUUCCAGCAAAGGCGACGAGAUUGACAAGCAACGGCUUUCUAUGCCACAUUGUAGUACUCAGCCCCUGCUUUGUAUUAGAUCAUGGACUCAAGGAGGAAUGAAGCUGAAGUUCAAGUCAACUGAGAUAGACUAUGAGAGGCUGAUGGGGUUGGCAGCUGCUGCUGCUGUAGAUAAUGGCCCUACUGGUUCUGACAAGAAACAAAAAUGACCAGAGAAAAGCAGGGAACAAGUAUACUUACAUUUAAGCUUCCAUUCACCGCAACAAAAUGGGGUUGUGCCUGUGUAUUUUUUUUUUUUUCCACCUCUCUUUUUUGUAAAUAUGUAUGGGUAGAAAAUCAUGUAUUGUUGUACAGGUUCAGAAUUUGAAAGAACGCUAGCUUAGAGAGGGGGACACGAUCUGUUAACUGCUUUCAAUGGCGAGAGGGAAACACGCUUCCAACAUUAGGCAGCUUAACAAAAA